UCAUCGUCUAUGUUGCCAUAUUCUAUCCCUAUUCCUGAGCCCUCAGCUGUGAACCACCAUAUCAAGGAACUCCUCCUGGGCUUUGUUCCAUGCCUAGGUUGGCUGGACAAGUGCAAGCUCUGAUCCUGGGGCCAUGGCAUGUGAUGACAUACACUCCUUUUCCAUAUUCUGUAUGUCUCUAGGGGGAUGAGGAACUUGGCCAUGGAACCUUAUUAUAUGUUCUGAUUGCCUCGUUCAUGUUACCCCUGAGGCUUCCUUUGUUCCUGAAGUAGGCUACUUCCUGCUUCCUAGAACCAACCUUACAAGAAACAAAGAUAUAAACAAUGCCAAAUGGGAAACUGGAUCAUGCUUGGAACUCUCUCUGGACAAAGAACAAUACCUGGUACAGACUAAAGAUUGGAGGAGGGAAAGGAAAAGUGGGGUGAAAUUACGGAAGGAAGCUGGCAGGCUCACAGUUUCUGUGCUGGCACAAUCAGCCUUUCUUCAUCCUCUUCCUGGAUGUAGGACUUGGUGCCAGAACCCUUGAGGCUUUCUCCAAGAAUAAAAGGAGGUGAAGCUGAGUGGUGCCCCCAUUUCAGGUUCUUGGGGACAGCCAAAAUGAUGUCCUUCGCCUCACUGCUCCUGGUGGGCAUCCUGUUCUCUGCCACCCAGGCCAAGCAAUUUACAAAAUGUGAGCUGUCCCAGGUGCUGAAAUCCAUGGAUGGCUAUAAAGGCGUCACUUUGCCUGAAUGGAUCUGUACCAUAUUUCAUAGCAGUGGUUAUGACACACAAACCAUAGUUAAAAAUAACGGCAAAACAGAAUAUGGACUCUUCCAGAUCAAUAAUAAAAUGUGGUGCAGGGACAACCAGAUCCUUCCAUCAAGGAACAUCUGUGGCAUCUCCUGUAACAAGUUCCUGGAUGAUGACCUUACUGAUGACGUGAUGUGUGCCAAGAAGAUCCUGGAUAGUGAAGGAAUUGACUACUGGUUGGCUCAUAAGCCCCUCUGCUCUGAGAAGCUGGAACAGUGGCUCUGCGAGGAGUUGUGAACGCCCCCUGUCUUUGCUGCUUCUGCCUUCUUUAUGUUCCUGCAAUUCCUCUUCCCUAAGGCUACCUCAGUUUGCUGCUUUCUACCUGCUUGAAGCUAAUUUGCCUCUAAGCCCUGGGCCCUAUAAUGACACCACUGGACACUUGAGGACUAUUCUUCAGGGAUGCAUGACUGGUGCACUGGAAUUUUGACCCUUGCUCAGUGCCCCCAAUGGCAUUUUCACUACAACAAUGGA